AUGACUAGGAGGUCCAACAAAGACAACCUAGUUGAACAUCCAGAUAUAGACAAGCUCGAGAAGUUAAUUAGGAAGCAAAAAGCCCAAGAGAUGGCCGACGAAGCAGCUCGCGCUCACGCCGCUGAAGUGGCGCGCGCUAAUGAAGAAGGACGAGAUCCACCUCCUCCUCCUCCUAAUCCACAAGAUCCUGCUGGAGAUGUGAAUGUGCAACCUCAAGCAGGCAUCCAAACAAUCGGAGAUUAUGACUCUGCCGAUGCUUUCUUCACGGAUAGAAACCCUAUCCAUCCACCACUUCCUGCAAGGAAUGACUAUGAGAUCAAGCCUCAGAUCAUAGCAUUGGUUAGACAGAACCAAUUCAAUGGCCUUCCAGCCGAGCAUCCUCUUGAUCACAUAGAAAACUUUGAAGAGAUUGCAGCACUACUAGAUCCAAUGGAGUCUCAGCUGACUACUUGA